AUGACUACUGUUUAUUAUACACCUUGUGAACUUAUUUUAAAAAUUGGUAGUAAUGAAUGUGAUGAAAUUUCUACCUCAAUCAGUAGUCUUCUUCGUACAUGUUCAAUAAGUGAACAAUCAUUUUUUGUUGUUGAACGUCAAAUACAACCAACAACAUAUUAUGGUUCAUUUACAAAUCAAUCGACAUCAUCAACAUCAAUACCAAUUCAAUCACAAUCAUUAAGUUGUGUUCUUCUUCUAACUGAUGAUAUUCUUAAACAACAACAACUUGUUCGUCCAUUACAAUUAUCUAUAAAAACAAAAAAUUCAUCUAUUAUUUUACCAAAAUCGAAACAUUUUUUUAAAUCAACAAAUACAUGGAAUUUUCAUCAUAAAAUUGAAUUAUUAGAUGAAAAUAAACGAGCUAUAGCAAGACAAGAUUAUUAUGAAUUAUCUUAUUUUUUACCAUUAUGGUCUGUAUCACACAUUCCUAAUAGUCGACAACCUAUUGUACGUUUUAAUAUAUUUACACAACAUUUUGAUACAAUGUUAACAUUUUAUACGCGUUUAUUUCAACGUAAACCUGAUUCAAGUAAACCAGGUUUUGUACUUUUUAUUCUACCAACAUCGCCACAUGUUAAAAUAAUCUAUCAAUUUUCAAUAAAAUAUUCUCCAUCAAUUCAACCAUAUAGUAUUGCUCAAAGUGCAUAUUUUAAAUUUCGAUUAAAUAAUUUAGAUCAUUUUAUAAAUGAAUAUUCAAGUAAAUUAUUUACAUUAAAUAAAUUUGAAUAUUAUAUUUAUGAUCCCGAUGGAAAUCUUCUUCAUUUACAUUUAUAUGAUUUAUCAAAUAUAAAAUAUUUCGAAGAAACAAAUCAUUUAAAAACAUUAAUUCAUGCAAAUGAUAGUGGGGUUGGUGAUAGUAGUGAUCCACCACCAACACAAUUAUUUAGUUCAACUGUACCUCAAGGAUAUAGACCAUUUUAUUCAAAUAAUAAUAAUAAUGAAAAACAACAACAACUACUAAUAGUGAACGCAGAUAUUGAUGUUCAAAGUCAUUCAUCUCAAUCAUCACAUGAUUCAGGUCGUUGGAGUUCAUUAUCAUCAAAUGAAUUAAAUACAAAUAAUCGUACUAAACGAACAGUUCAACAUAUUCCAAUUACAAUUGUGAACAGUACAUCAGUAUUAGCAGCAGCAGCAGCAAAAAGAAGUGAAGAUCAUCUUGAAGAAGCUAUUCGAAAUUAUAGAUUAAAACAUCAACAACAAAGAACAGUACUAUCUAGUAUUGGUAUAAAACAAAAAGAUCAAAUGAAAUCUUCAAUAUAUGAAAGUGAACCACGUUUAUCAACUGUAACAUGCGUAAAUAAUCGGUAUUAUUCAUCAAUGAAUGAUGUUAAAAUCAAAAAUCAAAUUCAUUCUUUUGCAACUAAUCAUAAAAAACCAAUAAAUUCACAUCAUUUUCAAACUAUAAUCGAUAACGAUUGUGAUAUUUCAUAUGAAGUUGAUUCGCCACGUACACAAACUGAAAUAUCAACGUUUGGUUAUCUUAAUGCAUUUUUAUUAAAAAAACGUCAACAACAAGAACAAUUUAAUAAUGCAUCAAGUGUUCAGCAAUUAAUUGCUCAAUUUGAAAAACCAAAUCCAAUGUUAAUAGCACAACGACCAUUAUCUGCUCCGUUAGUUGAUCAUCAAACAAUAAAACCUACGAAAGGUAUUUUACAACGACGUAUUCAUGGUACAAUAACACCUCUACCAAAUAAAUCCUUACGAAAACGUUCAAAAUCUGUUACAUUUGAAUGUCAUAGAGAUGAUAAUCAUACAUCAAGUACAGAUGAUGAUAAAACGAAAAAUCUUAGCGAUUAUUCACGAAGUCCACGAAUUAAUAUUGGUAUAACAUUAGAUUCACGUUUAAGAAAAACACCUGUACUUGAUAUGUUAAGAAGUACAACUAUGGAAUCAGAUUUUCUUAAUCUAAAACAAUUAAAUAGAACAACAUCAUUAAGACAACCACUUUUGCCAAUGGCUCGUUUUUAA